AUGGUUCAGUUCUGUGCUUUGUGCAACAGCAAAGUCCCUGCCCCCGGAAGCACCAAGACUGCCCCGAAUGAGGUCCUGCAGACCCUGUCCAGAAGAAUUUCAAAUCCGUAUUUGGAAACUCCUUCAAACAAGAUAUAUGGAGAAAGUUCCUCCUGUGCUGGGAGAGCUCUCAGGAAUAUUUUUACACUACAAGCUUCUGACCUGAUUAAAGACAGGGUGUACCUUACUGGGAUUUGCAGGAGAAGCUGUGUUGGAUCGGAACUGGUAGACUGGCUUCUGGAGCACUGCCCUUUUGUUAAGUGCCGAUCUACAGCAGUGGGCGUGUGGCAGCUUCUUCUGGAUAUGGGAAUUGUGUUGUCAGUGGACAGACAACUGUAUUUUCAAGACACUCAUGCUUUCUACCAGUUCUCAGCGGAUGAAUGUACCUAUCUUUUCUGUGAAUUUGAGAGAGAUGAAGGAUGGAAGAAUGGUGUAAAGCUCCUACUUCAACUACUGCCAUUAUCUCCUCCCAGAAUUGACAUGUGCAAUCUGCCUGAUCAAAAAAUAGAAGAUACAGCAGAAACCAAUGCUGAAAUUCUUGCUCGUCUCACUUCUGCGGUACAGAGAGAACUGGCUGCUGUCAUUGCCUUGAAAGCAAGAAAGUCAGCAACUCAUCAAAAUGAAGAAAACAGCAGUCAAGAAAUAAGAGGGCUAGAAGAGCUCAAGGAUACGUCCGAUGCUCAGGCAGGGGUUUUGUGCAAGCUUCAGGAAAGAGAUGACAUUGGACGGAUUGAGCUAGUCCAGAAGCUGGCAAGAGAAAACUGUCAGUUUUUGCAGGCGGAUAGAAAACAACCAGAGAAGACAGAACAAGUAAGACAUUUCUUGUUUGGCUUUUUUUUGUUUGUUCCUGGUAGGGGAGGGAGAUCUAGGUCAGAAAACUGAAACAGCAAAGCUGAUGGUCAGAAUCCAGGACGCACAUUAGUCAUGGCGCUGUUAACUGUUCUGUUUUGUCGCUUACAAUUGUCUGAAAUGUAUUAAGUUCAAUAUUUUUCAACACAUUUAAAUUAUUAUUAUGUUGACAUUAACUGUCAAUUACUGUUAUUAGUAGUAUCGCAUAGCACAUAAAAUAGCAGAUGAUUUCUGCAUGUAUCAAAUUGUUGUUUCUACCAAUUAUAAU